GCGCUGCGUUGAGCUGGGCUUCGGCUUCGCGAGCGCACUGGAGCAAGAGGUGGUUGCAGGUGCCUUGGAGCGCUUCAAGCCAGAUGUCACAGUGCUAGUGCCCGAUCUCCAUGGCCAACUUCCCAAGUCGUUUUCUUCUGGUGGCGGUCGUCAAUACGUAGUGAAGGUUGGCUUUGCAAUGAAAGGAGCGCCUUGGCCUGAAUUUGCGCCAAUCUGGCUGCAGGCCAGCAGCCGAGUCGCCAUCUGCAAGGCCUCUGGACAGGAGGUGGGUGCCGAGUCUGUGGUGGUUGGGAAGGAUGAGACGGCUUUGUCGCUUCGUGCAAAGCACGCUUUGACUGCGGCGAAGCUUCUCAAAAUCCUUCUUGAGGAGGGUGAAGGUGCACUCCCAAAACUUGAGUCAGCGCCAACUGUCAGCAAGGAGGCACCAACACAAAUAGAUCUGGCUUGGGAUGAGGAUUCUGUGGAUCGUUUCAUCCGAGCGUACCUCUUUCCUCCGCACGACCCAGCAGUUGUCGAGGUGCCCGCCAAAAAAGACACCUACUUUAUUGAGAACAUGGAGCAGUUCAAUGACUUUCGCAUGAAGGUUCUCGAAGAAGGUGUACGGGAUGGACACCUUUCAAAUCGAAGUUACGCAGCGGACACGCAUUGGUAUUCCAACGUUGGUGGAAGCAUUGUGAAGAUGGGUGAUUCCGACAUACACAUGCCGCUGAAGACAUCCGACAAGAAACACAAGGCCAUCAUCCCUGGUGCUGCCAUUGGGGCGCGAAAAAAGCUGCGAAUGAACGAGCCCCUCAUCGGGCCGAAUGCUGAGCGCUACUGUAGCGGGGCGUUGGCCUCUGGUUGGAUCGGUGUUGAGGGCCCAUAUGUGAAGCAGUUCGAGAAGCACCUAGCUCGUAUCUGUGGUUGCUCAGCAGCAUGCGCCGUGCAAAGUGGUACAGCUGCGCUGUAUGGAGCCAUGAAGGCACUAGGCGUGUCGGAUCCUUCUCACCAUGUCUUGGUUCCUGCUUUCACUUGUGCAGCAUGUGCCGAUGCUAUUGUCCAUGCUGGUGGCAGGCCAAUCCCCAUCGACUGCGACUUGGACUCCUACGGCCUAUCAUUGGAGGCUGUCCAAAGCGGCCUUGAGGCGAACAAGGGUGUUGUGGGCAUUGUCAUUGCUCCGUGCUAUGGCGUCCCUGCACGAGAUUUUGGUGCGAUUCAGGCGCUCUGCAAAGAGAAGGGUCUCUGGCUUUGUGAGGAUGCCUGUGAGUCGUACGGAGCCAGCUGCAACGUACGUGGCUUCCGAGUCCCGGUGGGGUCAAUGGCAACAUUGAGUGUUGUGUCGACGCGUUCAGAGAAAAUGAUCGGCGUGGGCGAGGGUGGAGCCAUCCUCGGGAAUGACGCCACCCUUGUCGCUAGGGCCAAGUGGUGGUGCUCUAGGGCUCCUUGCAGAGGCGUGGGCCUGUGGCGCGUUUACGAGCACGACGCAGUCGGUCAGAACUUCCGCAUGCCUGAAAUGUUAGCUGCUGUGGGCUGCGCCGCUGCUGAGAUGCUCCCGGUCAUGAUCGAGCGUAAGCGGGCCAUCCAUAGCUGGUACGAAAAUGGUAUUGCAGCGCGACCUGCCUUGAGAGGUGUGAGGCUACAACAAGCCUCCGAAGGUGAUGAUAGUGUUUGGUGGAUCAAUGCGGCAUUACUUCCAGAUGGCUUAGGCGGCGAGCAGGUGGGUAUGCAGCUGAUGAAGAGCUUCCCUGACAUCGAGAUUAGGCCUGGCUUCUUCCCGCUCAACAACGUGGCUAUCUUUCAGUCUCAAUGGUCGCGGCCAUGCCCUAAUGCUGAGCUCCUCUACAAGCGGCUGGUUUGCCUCCCCUCCUCGAACCAGCUCCUGCAGGAGGACGUUGAGCGGGUUUGUGAUGCGCUGGUCGAGGCGAUCCGCGCGGUUGCGGUCACCGCCGCACAGUGA